CGACCCCCACCUCGUCAUCCAGCCUUAAACCCACAUCCAACAGGGCCACCUCUUUCACCAACCCUAGGUCCGUACCCAGGAUCGGCUCCCAGACCUACCAUUCCACAAGACACCUCGAGAAUACCACCUCCCCUUCCGAGUCGAAGGGAUCCUAACGGGACCCCGGCGGCCGUGGCUCCAGGUAGAUACGCACCCCCACAUAACCCCCCGCCGCCUCCAGCUUCGGGCCGCCAUGACGAUGGAAAUCCGACGUCCACUCCUGCAGGCGGUCAUCCUCUCUUGAAUGCUGGAAGAAUACUAGUUUAUCCAAACGGACACGAAUGUCAUAAAUGUCAUAACAUUGGGUAUAAAAACUUGGAUCCCGGUCACCCAUGUAGAAAGUGUUGGCAAAAAUACGGGAAACCAUACUCCGGACCCUACCUUCAGACAGAUUGGAAGAACCCACCUCCAAACUAUCAACGCCCUCUACCAAAAUUUACAUCUCCAUCUCAAACUCCAUCUCAAGCUCCACUGCAAUCACAACCCCAAUGGAUGCCUAAUCCAGCACUUCAAGCUCGAAACUCCCAGUACGCUCCUCAAAGUUUUGGCCCUCAUCCAAACGGACCGACGAUGACGUUCGUGUCUGGAGGACAGCCUCCAUCUGGUGCGUUGGUUGUUGGACCUGGCGAUCCUAGGAUCGGUGGAACGUUGUGCAGUGCGUGUGACGGGGAGGGGUAUUUGAGGGGAUUUCUCUUCUUUGAUAACGAGACUUGUUGGAGGUGUAACGGGGUAGGGAGGGUUUUUUGA